AUGAGUGACGGUAAGGAAGAUAAGCCCAUUAAGGUUACACUUGAUAGGGGUGGCAAGAAAGUUGAAUAUGACAUAGAGAAGUUCAGAAACCCUCAUAGAGUGAUCCCACAGCGGAUUCCAAACCAGCAGACAACAAAAGACGUUCAUGGUAAGGAAUCCAAUAAUGGCAAUGCAGGCGGGUUGCUGCAAAAUGAUGGACACAGACCAGGCAACUAA